UUGAAACAUUAUACUAAACGUAUAUUUCGAGGGGUCAUCUCUGAGGUUAUAGAACUCCUAUGAAGCCUAGGCAACGCUUACAGAUGAACAUUAUGUACCACUAAGAAGAAAACAGCAGGACUUGAAGAGAAUUUAAUUUUUUGACCGCUAUAUCGGCACUGCUUACAAGAAUGCGCUCUCGAACCUCAAGGGGAGGCCAUGUAGAUUAACACAAAGUCACUCCAAAUACCUCUGUUUUCUUCAUAAAAAAAAAAGAUUGGAAAGGUCUCUUCCGAUGUUGGGAGAUGGGGACCGGAGCAAGUAGCGGAGGAUCACAAACAGGCUCGAACCCCAACGUCAAGGAGGGUUCCACACCAUCAGCCGAGGACAAAUUAUCGAGGAAGACGUCUUCGAUUUCGAAAAAAAACUCCAAUGGCUUCAUAACAUUAAGUUAUGAGCCAACAAACACACCACUUAUUCGGAAGCGGGGCUUUAUCAAAGAAGGAUUUCCCAUUCAUGGACUUAUUCAAGACAAAUAUUUUCUGAUUAAAGAUCAUUUUGAUGGAAUCGACAAGCUCAAGACUUUGGACUUGAACGGGGCCCCGAACUUUCGAAAGAGUCGCGGUCCCUAUCCGGUUUAUGGAAUGGGUCAACCGUCCAGGGAUGGAUUAGCUCAAGUUAUUCAAACUUUGGUUGGAAAUGGACACAAGGAAAUUGUGUCAUUUAAUUUGAGAGAAGAGCCAGUGAUAUUCGUUGGUCUCAAUCACGACUUUGUGCCGUACUCCCCACGGGACCCGACCAGUCUGAAAGGCAACAUCGCUAAUCAUGGAGUGAAACCUGAAGAACUGGCAGAAACAGAGCUCAAAAUAAGAGAGGAGAUUAUCAGGUUUUCAAUCGAUGAAGGAGGUAAAUUUUAUUUUUAUAAUAACGUGGAAACUUUCGAAGACGAACCUCAUACUUACAAAGUAGCCUACGAAGAGGAUUUGUGUGUGUUGGAUGAGAUAUACAGCAGGCAAAUCUUCCUCACCCCGGUCCUAAGGUAUUCUCGGAUCCCUAUAACUGCCACAAACGCUCCAGAGGAGCAGGACUUUGACCAGUUCAUCACUGCCAUUAAAGACAUACCUCAGUUGUUCGACAAAAAUUCCUCAGCUCCCCUGCCAGCCAUGUUGUUCAACUGUCACGUGGGCCAAGGUCGAACCACGACAGGCAUGGUCAUUGGAUGUCUAAUUACUUCGCAUAGGACUGGCUUCCCAACUGAAGCACACUUUGCUACAUUCGGCGCCAUUCCAUUGCCUAUGGACGAAAACAACCCGAAUUUGGAGAAGGGAGAAUUUAGAAUAAUUCAACAGUUAGUGAAAAAUCUUCCAAAUGGAACGCAGAUUAAACACGAGGUUGAUUCAGUCAUCGACAUAUGUUCUGACGUCAUGAAUCUGCGGUCUGUAAGCUUUGAGUGUAGAUGUAAGCUAGAAGAGAUAAAGGAUGACUAUAAAAUUGAGGGUCAUAGUGCACGGGAAUACUGGUUAAGAAGAGGACUGAGUGCCCUGGAAAGAUAUUUCUUCUUGAUCCUUUUUAAUGCCUACUUACACGAACAGUUCCCACUCAUGUUUGCUCAAACUUUCCGGAAGUGGAUGCAGCAGAGGCCUUGGCUCUACAGAAUGCUGAGUCAUAUUGACGUUAUGGAGAAAGGAGUGACAUCUGAAUUCACUUCUAAAUACCAAAAUCAAACUUGUCUGGUUGCUGAUGAACAAGUUAGUCUCGAUGUUUUAAGCACUCAGCGGGAGUUUGAGGUGUCCAAUUUCCGAAAGGUUCACGGAUUCCCGAUUUAUGGCAUGUGUCAGCCGUCAAGACAGGGCCUAAACAAUGUUGCUCACUAUCUUUUGGGCCCAAAAUGUCUUCAUCCCAAAGUCGUGUUCUUGAAUCUAAGAGAGGAUCUCGUCGUGGACUGUGAUGGAAGCACAUUUAGUCCAAGAGAGUUAUCAAGUCUGAGUGAGCAUAUGCCUUUCAGAGGACUGGACACUUCUGAAAUUGAGCAAAAGGAGAAUGAACUGAAGUCAGAACUGCUCAAAAAAGGAAAGAAACGAUACACACAGGUGUACACUGAUAUUCAGUAUGGUCCCCAGGAGCGAGAUUUGAACAGUGUUAUAACAGCGCGUGAAGCGGCAGAGCUCUGCAUGGCAAAGAAUCCACAGAUGCUGUAUUUUAGAAUGCCAUUAUCAGAGGACAAAGCGCCUGAGGAGAAGGACUUUGAUCGCAUUUUAACAAUCAUGAAUAGCCUGCAUGAGAUCUACACUGAUGAAGAUGGCCCUGCAAUCGUCUUUAACUGCGAGAUUGGCAAAGGUCGAACGACCACCGGAAUGGCAAUAGCGGCUCUGAUUUACUGCAACAAAAGGGGCUUUCCUGUUGGCACAAAGGUGGAUGAACAAGACCCAGCUUGUGUCCCAAACGCUAAGUACACAUUGGGCGAAUUUUCGGUUAUUCGUCACCUAAAGAGAAUUCUACCCUGUGGUCCACAGAGAAAACGUGAAGUUGACUACGUAUUGGAUAGAAUUUCAGAAACCAUGACACCCAUGCAUUACCACUCAAGAGAAAUUAUAUUCUCUACAUUUAAUUUGUAUCGCAAUGUGUGCAAAAACCAAGAAGAAAUUUCAGAGCUGAGAAAAAAGAGUCUGAACUUGUUGGAGAGAUAUUUCUACCUCAUCCUAUUCAACACCUACCUACACAUGGAAAGGAAAACCAAAUGGCAGCGUUGCUUUAGUCAGUGGAUGACUGAAGUUGCAACAGCUGCAGGUGUUUACGAGAUCCUUGACAAUUUUGGCUUCCAUGACUUUGAAAAGACAGAGGAACGCUUGCGCGCACUGCGCUGGAGAUGGCGGGAAAGUUACAAGGGCAAGCCGACGUAUUGACAAUUUGGCGCGAAAAAUGGCUUGUGACAAGAACGGUCUCCUCCUUGUCUAAUCAGAGAGAGCACUGGGGACUGUAAAGAAAACGGAAAACCGCCUAAAUUUCCCUCAAAAUCGAACAAAUGAAAAUAAAACCGCUCCAACCUAAAAUUAAGGAUCCGAACUAAAGACGUAAGAGGAUAUCAAAUCCGAAAAAACCGGAGAUUUUUAGCGCCUCAAUGAACAAACACAGAGAACCGAAAAACUAAAGCGCCUUUCUUACUGCUGUACAGUAGCCAAGGUUUAGUUGUAUUGUUACAUAUUAAUAAUCAAUACAUAUCGUUAAUCAUCGAGAGAGUAAAAUACAGCGCACAUUCAGUUGUAAUUGCUCCUCUCUAUAACAUCCAGCAGUAAGAAUUCUGAAGAAUAGCAUGGGCGGACUCAGUGGUGAGCUGUUUAGCUGGGUUAUAAGGAGGUCUUACUGAACAAAAAACCAAGCAAUGCGAGUAAAGCAGGCUGCUAUUGCACCUUCAGUGCUUUUUUCACCUCUUCUUGGUCGUAACUAGCCCAUCACACGGGCGAAAAAAUAAAUCAAAAAAUGAAUGCUCUGGUGCUUUUCUGAGUAUUCACCAAAUUUUCUUAUUUAUAGCGGGCUUCUUUAUAUUAGCAAGCGUAGGAGAGAGGCAAAAGCAACAGUCACAAAAACAACUAAAGCAGCGACCACAGCUUAUAUCUUUAUUUGUACUAUUUCUUGCUCAACCUACCUGUUAUUAAAAAAAAAAAAAUGAUACUUGAGAUUGGAAUAGCAGAUGCUUGGAACAGCUACAAGGCUUGGCAGAGCCGGGCGGCCAACCAACAAACGAAGCUCUCUUGCUAUUCAAUAACAAAGCGAACGUAAAUUUCUUUAUCAUUAAUGUUUUUUAACCCAUUCCGACAUGAAAUGAAAUACAUAGUUAAUAUGCGUUCCGGUUGGUCGAUAAGUUAUCUUCUGAAACAAAAUCAACAAAACAACAGCAACAACAACAAAAAAACCAACAACUUAAAAAUGAUUUUAAAAAAUGUAUAUGUGAAUUGUAUGGGAAAUGUUAGGCCCAAGGUAUUAUGUUUAUAUUAAACAUAAUAUAAGCGGCUAACAAUUUGAUGAUAAUAUCUAAAUAAACUCUACUUACAACU